AUAAUUGUAUAUCCCCCGCAACAUUCACUUUUCUCUUACUCUUUUAUAUUUUUGGCCUGUACCUGUUGUUCAUUUAGAAACUUUAAAAACCAGCUAUAAUGUCCAACGAUCAACUCAAAUCGAAAUUGAGGGAAUUUUUCGAUCGGCAGCCGGAUCAGUCGGAGAAAGCCCAUCAAGACUCAAAAAUUUUCGAGGUUCUCUAUUCCCAAUUCCUCGAGAAUCAGCACUGUAUUGACUGGAAUUCAUGGAAAUUUUUAGAGGAGAAGCACCAAGUCACUCUGAAGGAUUUGGAGCCUUUUGACAAAUCCAGAUUUAAUAUUUUGAAUAAAUUGGCAGUGAUUAAGCUUAAUGGAGGGCUCGGGACUACUAUGGGCUGCAGCAAGGCCAAGUCUUUGGUCGAGGUUCGAGAAGGCUACACUUUUAUGGAUCUGGCGGUUUUGGAGCAUCAGAAAAUGUGUGAAGCCCACAACGUGGACACCCCACUCUACCUCAUGAACUCAUUUUACACUGAUGAAGACACCAAAAAGUAUUUAGCGGAAAAAGGUUACUCGAAUGUAAAGACGUUUGUGCAGUCGAAAUGUCCAAGGCUCGAUGCUGAAACCAAGUUGCCGAUUGAAGAUGAAAAUGAAGAUUGGGGAGAUGAUGCAUGGUGCCCACCGGGACACGGAAACAUCUUCCAAUCCCUCCAAAACAGCGGAGUCCUCGAUCAACUUUUGGCUGAUGGCCGGGAAAUCAUUUUUGUAUCGAAUAUUGAUAAUACUGGAGCAAACACUGAUCUACAAAUUGUGCAGCUUAUGCUGGACAAGAAUGUGGACUAUAUUAUGGAAUGCACGCCAAAAACUCAAGUUGACGUCAAGGGAGGCACUCUGAUUGAUAUUGGAGGCCGUAUGAUGCAUCUCGAGAUGCCACAGGUACCGGCGGAAAACUUGCCGGAUUUCUGCUCUACUAAAGUUUUUAAAAUUUUCAAUACCAAUAACAUUUAUGUGAACCUAAAAGCUGUGAAAAAGUUGUUGCCAGACAUCAAGAGCGAGAUUAUUGUGAACAAAAAGACUAUUAGAAGCCGGGAAGUUCUUCAACUCGAGUUUUCAAUUGGAGGGUGUAUCAAGAAUUUUGAUAACGCUUUGUGCGUCCAUGUAGAAAGAAAGCGAUUCCGUCCCGUCAAGAACCUCGGAGAUCUUCUAUCCCUCCGUUCCACCCUCUGCGACCUAGACCACUCCACCUUCAAAGUGCACCAUAACCAUGAACUAGGAGCUCCACCAGUGAUCAGCCUAGAUCCAUCGAUCUAUAACUCAGUAGAAGUAGUGGAUCUGAAAUUCCCUCAUCCAUUGGUUAUGGACAAUUGCUCCGAGUUUGCUGUAGUCGGAGAUGUGACUUUCGGGAAAAACGUGAAGCUUUCUGGAAAGGUUACUGUGAAUGGAAAGACCGAGAGCCCUGGCGUCGUGCCAGAUGGUACGGUUUUGAAGGAUCAGGAGUAUAUUGCUGAGUAAAAAUUAUUUUUUGGAAAAAGUUUGAUUUUAUUUGUUUAUUUUAUUUAUUUGAAUAAUUAAUUAUACAUUUAAAAAUAAAUUUAAUAGUGAAAAUGAAGAUGGAGGUUGAAA